AUGGUGACAUUCUUCGCCGAGCCGCAACCCGGGUUCGAAAAGGAAAUUCAUAUUUGCAAGCUGACCGACACGUUUGAGCGUUGGGGAAUCAUGAAAACCCCAUGCGAUGAGAAAAAUGGUCAGUUCUAUGGCUACAAGGGCUACGUUGCCGAGGAAGAUUACAGUCCCGUUUCCAAAACUGAUCUGAAACCAACGGUUCUGGCGAAUGUGGCCGGCAAUCGAGCAGUUGGGAUGCCAUUUGCUACUCGCCUCUGGUCGAUGGCUGAUCAGAACGAUACGACAGAGUUGACUCCGACUUGCUGCACUGGCACUGGAUUCAAAGGAUUUGAACCUUGUUGUCAUUACAGGUGGAACAGCUGGCAAAUGAGAAUGCCUGCUGGCUGGGGUGAAUGGGGCGAAUGGGAUACUUGCUAUGGUCCUUGCGAUCAAGGAAGGAAGCAGGUUGGCUCGUCGAAACGAACCCGACUAUGCCACGGUCUUCAAGGUCAAUGCAAACAAGUUUACAGUGGUCGUGAUAAGACCCCGUGGGUCCAGUCUACGCGGUGUAUUCCUGACUGCGUGACAGAAACUCAAGACAAAAGGAGCAACCCAACCACAGCAGAAAUAACAACUUCAACUACGACAUCAACUUCGACUACAACAACUCAACGGAUGACGAGCACUCUAUCGACUACUAAGAAAAGUACAGCAAUAAAUCCAUUUCAAAGAUCCGCAUCCGUAUCGAUUCCACCUGACUUUUUCCAACAAAAGACGGGAGCUACGAGUAUUGACCAAACUAUAGCGUGGGAUAAUUGGUCAGAAUGGUCUACUUGUCUAGGCCAAUGUGGAAAAAUUGGAUUUAGACGCCGAACAAGAGGAUGCAAUGGACCAAAAGGCAGCUGUUUGAAACUCUCUACGAACGAAUCCAAAACGCCCUGGGUUGAACAAACUCGCUGCGAGCCUUCUUGGUUCUUAGAAGAAGAAGAAGAGUUUGAGGAAGUCGAAAAAGUAACAAAAGCGCCUAAAAGCUUAGAUAAUUAUCGAAAUAAACUGCCUCCAAAUCGAAUCGUCAGAAAAAAGGUUGUUGGGUGGACGGAAUGGACUAACUGGACGGCUUGUUCUCGCACUUGUGGCGGUGGGAUUCAAUGGAGAGAGCGUGCAUGCCAAAGAGGUUGUCCACAUAACCGAUCAACUGGCAAAAUUUUAUCCUAUCAUCAGGAGCCGAAGUCUUGCGCAAUGAUCCUUUGUCCAGACGGUCAGACAAGCAGAUGGGGAGACUGGAGCGAGUGGGGCUCAUGCUCUAAAAAGUGCGGCCAAGGUUUCAUGACAAGACAUUUAUCGUGUGUGGCCGGCCCUUGCAAGAAUGAAUCGACAAAAACAUAUCCAACUCAAAAAAUGCCCUGUGUUGUGCGUCAGUACUGUAAUUUCUGGACAGAAUGGGGCGAAUGGAGCGAAUGCUCCGCCGAAUGUGGAGGCGGAAAGAGAAAUCGGCGCCGACCAUGUUUCAAUGGAACGCCAGGACUUCAGGGAUGUCCAGGAAGUCAAUUCGAUGAGGAAGAAUGUAAUAAUUGGAGAUGCAAUCCGCAACAGAGGCGAUACAAACCAGUCAAUGAAUAUGGCAUGCCAUUGACCGGUGAUGGCUAUUCGUUGAAUCCUUUCAAUCAAGAGUGUCUCGACUACCACAACUUCUUCAGAGCAAUCCAUCGUUUACCAGAGCUCACUUGGAACCCUGAUCUAGCUAAAAGUGCCCAGGCUUGGGCUGGUGAGCUAGUUCAUCGUGCAAAGCUUGGUCCCAAUAUGAAGAAAAUCGCAAAGAAGACUAAAAACUGGCCACACUCAGAGCAAAACUCGCCCUGGCGCGGUGUAAACAUCGGUGAAAACAUCGCUUGGGACUUGACAGAAAACGGAAGUCCAUGUAGUGAAUCAGUUUACCGAUGGUACGCCGAGAUCUUCUACUUCAAUCCAAAAAAUCCAACGAAAGGAAGACGUGGAAAAGAUCCUGUCGGGCACUUGACUGCACUUCUCUGGCCCGAUACAACUAAAAUUGGUUGUGGAACUGUUCAACUCCCAAUCAAACAGCCUCCGAAUACAGUUCCUUCUGUUCUUAUGUCUACUUAUACAGUAUGUCAUUACACGCCUCAAGGGAAUCAUGUCAAGACGAUGAAGAAAAACUGGCGUUUCCGUGAUCCAAACUACUGUUCUACAUAUUCAAACUUUAAAGGAACAAAUCAGUGCACGAAUGCGCAAUUUAGCAACUGCCAAGGACUAUCAACAUCAUCUAAAUGCGGCUGCGAGAAUAUUACUGACCAGAAGAAGUUCACAAAGAGAAUUGUCAACGAUCUUAGGUCCAAGCUCGGCAAUACUGUCGAAAAUCCGAUUUGCACAGGGCCUUGUCUCAUCUAUUGUGAAAAUCGGUAUGGAACUCGUAAUUACUGGCCGAACGAAUGCGUUGGAAAGAAUUCCUGCCGUUGUGGUCGCUCUGGAGCUAUUUGCGACUAA